AUGGGAGAUUUUAAUGGUAGGGUAGGUAAAAGAAGAUCACCAUGGGAGAGAUACCUUGGCCCAUUCAGCGACACAACCACAGAUUGCAAUAGAAAUGGAGAACACCUGUUAAACUUGUGUGCUGAACAAGAUCUCUACAUUACCAACACAUUCUACCAACAUCGCCAAAGUCAGGUUAAAACGUGGUACAAGUGGAACAACUUAGAUCAAGCGUCACAAAUUGAUUUUAUACUAGUCAGACAACGGCAGAAGAGGACGGUAAGAGACUCAAAAGCUGUCCCAAAUGCGGGACUGGAUUCAGACCAUCGCCCAGUAGUUAUGAACAUAUGCAACUCAAGUAGAAACAGUCUACAUAAACAGAAACGUGAAGAAAUCAUCAACACUAAGAAAUUAGAGGAAGAGAAUAUCAAACAUGAAUUUGAACUAGAAAUAACAAAGGCUUUUGCAGAUAUUGCCAAGGAACCAGUAAGAAUUGAAGAAGAAUGGGAUUAUUAUAAAUCAACCAUCACGAAGAUAUUAAAAGACAAGUGUGGUACCAGAAAGACGGGCAAAGGCAAGAAAAAGGGUACCGCUUGGUGGAAUGAAGAAGUUAAAGAAGCAGUGUCAAAUAAAAAGAAGAUGUUUCAAAUAUGGUUAAAAACAAAAGACGAAAAGGAUUACAUUAGGUACAGACUAACUCGAAGAGACACCAAGAGAACAAUAAAGAAAUCCAAAGAGGAAUCAUGGAAAAAGUAUGGUGAACACCUAACACAGCUAUGUACAGAAUCACCAAGAGACUUUUAUAAGAGU